AAGAAGCCCCAGGAGCUGGUCAAGUGCAGGGCAUUCAGUAAGAAGUACGUUUUACAGUUCACACACACAGAGCAGUAUUUAUCCUUACUCAACAUGAUGCCCUCUAAUUUUUACUUCAUUCAAAAAAAGUGCUAGUUCACAAGCCACUAAUGAGUGGCCAGCAGCAGGUGAAAAGCACUGGUUACUCUAGUGUCAGCUCAUUAAAAUUGUGGGAUCUCGGCUCCUCCUUGUACCCACGACAUCAGAAUCUGCAUUUUAAUCUUAAUAAGGUGAUCCGGGUCCAGGUCACAGUUUGGGAAGGCCUGGGCCAGAGGACAGCGUCUGGCCUGCUGGGCGGGGAGGCGGUGCUGGGGAGCCCUCACUCGGGUCGCCCUUGCCUGCGGUUUGGAGACCAGUGGGUGCUGAGCGGCUCCCUGAGCCCUCACCGUCUCCCUGUUUCUUCUGCCCAAGCAGAUUCAGUCAUGCUUUUACGUGGGCAAAAUUGCAGAUUUUAAGCUCCUUAUCCAAGGCUAAGUUUGAAUUAUGUUAAAUCACUUUGUUUUGUUCUCAUGGCUUCCUGCUUGCUUGGGCAUAAUUAUGAGGAGGGAGAACUUCUUCAGAGGCAAGUGCACUUUGCAUUCUGAAGUAGGAGCAAAUCCACUCUCAACACGGGAGGAGAUCUGAGGCUUUAAUGAAGGGGUUAAACGAAUCCGAAAGCACUUUUGUGGCACCGAUUGCUCAGGCUUCUGCGUCACUGCUCGAGUGUGAAGGAAGAGCGGGUACAGGCUUUAGACAGGCAUAUAUACAAAACAACAGCUGCAGGUUGAGCUUAAAAUAACCCCCUGGUCUCCAAAGAAGAGACCCAAGUCCACGACACACUGAUUUCGGGGCUGCCAAGCAGGAUGAGCAGCCGCAGGGCUGGAGAGAAGUGCCAGUCAGCCUGCAGGAUGCUGCCGCCCCUCUGCCUGCCGCCCUCGGGGGCCACCGCUGCCCUUCCCCUGGAGGGCGGCCUCGGCGGCCACGACAGUGGGCAUAUGCAGGAAGUGGCAGAAAUAAAGAAAAACAGCCUGUUGACUUUCCUUGCCUGGUGGUAUGAGUGGGCCUCCCAGGCCAGGGCAGUGUCCUUUGUAGGAGGGGAAGCCAGGGAAGUGUCCAAACGGCAGGGAGUCCUGCCCCUCCAACAGUCCACUCAGGGAGAUACAACGCCCUGCAAGAAUUUCUUCUGGAAGACCUUCUCCUCCUGCAAGUAAAACCCCACCCAUAAUUACUCAUGCAAAGAAGUGUAAAGAUGGAUCUGAAUAAAAGGUAUUAAUCAGCCGAGAUCCUUCUUCUUUAUGCAGUUGUCUUCUCUUGCACAUGUAAUUUGAAAAGUAGUUUUUAUUUAAACUCCAAAAACACCCAAUACUUAUUGUCUUGAGUAAUUUGGAACCCAAAGAGUAUUUUUGAUAAAGAUUUUUGUGGCUUUUUCCGUUAUUGUCAAUGCAGCCAUGGGGCUUUCCUUCCACCUUCAUUGUGUGCUUAGAGGUUGUUCUGUCCUUGUCUUCCUUGCUUUGAUUUAAAAUAGCUAAAAGCUACAUAUUUAAGUGUUCAGAAUAACAUUAGUUUAUUUU